CCGGCGGCGGCGUGGCCGCGCUCCCCACUCGCGGUGGCGAUGUGACCCGGGCGGCGCGGGGAGGCGGCGCGGUCCUGUCCCGCGGUCCUGUCCCGCGGCCUCGCCUAGGCCUGGCCUGGCCUGUUCCGGCCCUGCCUUCCUUCGUCCCGGCGCGGCCCGCGGACGUAACCCCAUGCCCGCUCACGGCCGCCCGCCGGUAGCGGCUGACGCCUGCGGAGCAGCGGCGCGCGGGGCCCGGGGAGGCGAUGGCUGCGGAUCUGGUGGUGCUGCUCUGCUUGGCCGCCGCUGCGGCCGCCGUGGAAGAAACCUUGAUGGACACGCGGACGGCGACGGCCGAGCUGGGCUGGACUGCCAACCCUCCUUCAGGGUGGGAAGAGGUCAGCGGCUACGACGAGAACCUGAACACGAUCCGCACGUACCAGGUGUGCAACGUCUUCGAGCCCAACCAGAACAACUGGCUGCUGACCACCUUCAUCCAGCGCCGCGGCGCCCACCGCAUCUACGCCGAGAUGCGCUUCACCGUGCGCGACUGCAGCAGCCUGCCCAACGUGCCCGGCUCCUGCAAGGAGACCUUCAACCUCUACUACUACGAGACGGACGCCGUCAUCGCCACCAAGAAGGCUGCCUUCUGGACGGAGGCUCCCUACCUCAAAGUGGACACCAUUGCUGCUGACGAGAGCUUCUCCCAGGUGGACUUUGGGGGCAGGUUGAUGAAGGUGAACACGGAAGUGAGGAGCUUUGGGCCCCUGACCCGUAACGGCUUCUACCUGGCCUUCCAGGACUACGGGGCUUGUAUGUCUCUGCUGUCCGUCAGGGUCUUCUUCAAGAAGUGCCCCAGCGUGGUGCAGAACUUUGCCAUCUUCCCAGAGACGAUGACAGGAGCAGAGAGCACCUCGCUGGUGACCGCCCGCGGCACCUGCAUCGCCAACGCCGAGGAGGUGGAUGUGCCCAUCAAGCUCUACUGCAACGGCGACGGCGAGUGGAUGGUGCCCAUCGGCCGCUGCACCUGCAAGGCUGGCUACGAGCCUGAGAACAACGUGGCCUGCAGAGCCUGCCCCGUGGGGACGUUCAAGGCCAGCCAGGGCACAGGGCUCUGCAUCCCCUGCCCCUCCAACAGCCGCUCUGCCGCCGAGGCUGCGCCGCUCUGCAGCUGCCGCAAUGGCUUCUACCGGGCAGACCUGGACCCCCCCACAGCCGCCUGCACCAGUGUCCCCUCCGGUCCCCGCAAUGUCAUCUCCAUCGUCAACGAGACCUCCAUCAUCCUGGAGUGGCACCCGCCGCGGGACACGGGUGGCCGCCACGACCUCAGCUACAACAUCGUCUGCAGGAAGUGCCGCUCCGACCGCCGCGCCUGUGCCCGCUGCGACGACAACGUCGACUUCGUGCCCCGCCAGCUGGGGCUGACUGGCACCCGAGUGCUCAUCAGCAGCCUCUGGGCACACACCCCCUACACCUUCGAGAUCCAGGCCGUCAACGGCGUCUCCAGCAAGAGCCCCUUCCCCCCGCAGCACGUCUCGGUCAACAUCACCACCAACCAAGCCGCACCCUCCACCGUGCCCAUCAUGCACCAGGUGAGUGCCACCAUGCGGAGCAUCACCCUGUCCUGGCCGCAGCCCGAGCAGCCCAACGGCAUCAUCCUCGACUAUGAGCUGCGCUACUACGAGAAGCUGAGUCGCAUCUGCACGCCCGACGGCGCCAGCCCCGGCGGCUCCCGGCCCGCGGCGCAGGAGCACAGCGAGUACAACUCGUCCAUGGCACGCAGCCAGACCAACACUGCGCGCAUCGAGGGGCUGCGGCCGGGCAUGCUCUACGUGGUGCAGGUGCGGGCACGCACGGUGGCAGGCUACGGCAAGUACAGCGGCAAGAUGUGCUUCCAGACCCUGACCGACGAUGACUACAAGUCCGAGCUGAGGGAGCAGCUGCCUUUGAUCGCAGGCUCGGCGGCAGCCGGGGUGGUCUUCAUCGUCUCUCUGGUGGCCAUUUCCAUUGUCUGCAGCAGGAAGCGAGGCUACAGCAAGGAGGCUGUGUACAGCGACAAGCUGCAGCACUACAGCACCGGCAGAGGAUCCCCAGGCAUGAAGAUCUACAUCGACCCCUUCACCUAUGAGGACCCCAACGAGGCGGUGCGGGAGUUCGCCAAGGAGAUCGAUGUGUCCUUCGUCAAGAUCGAGGAGGUCAUCGGAGCAGGGGAGUUCGGAGAGGUGUACAAGGGGCGCCUGAAGCUGCCUGGCAAGAGGGAGAUCUCGGUGGCCAUCAAGACGCUGAAGGCUGGCUACUCGGAGAAGCAGCGCCGCGACUUCCUCAGCGAGGCCAGCAUCAUGGGACAGUUCGACCACCCCAACAUCAUCCGGCUGGAGGGGGUGGUGACCAAGAGCCGCCCGGUCAUGAUCAUCACUGAGUUCAUGGAGAACGGCGCCCUUGACUCCUUCCUGCGGCAAAACGACGGGCAGUUCACGGUGAUCCAGCUGGUGGGCAUGCUCAGAGGGAUUGCUGCUGGCAUGAAGUACCUGGCAGAGAUGAACUACGUGCACCGAGACCUGGCUGCCAGGAACAUCCUGGUCAACAGCAACCUGGUGUGCAAAGUGUCUGACUUCGGCCUCUCGCGCUACCUGCAGGACGACACUUCAGACCCUACCUACACCAGCUCCCUGGGGGGGAAGAUCCCGGUCAGGUGGACAGCACCAGAGGCCAUCGCCUACCGCAAGUUCACCUCGGCCAGCGACGUCUGGAGCUACGGCAUUGUCAUGUGGGAGGUGAUGUCGUUCGGGGAGAGGCCCUACUGGGACAUGUCCAACCAAGACGUGAUCAACGCCAUCGAGCAGGACUACCGCCUGCCGCCGCCCAUGGACUGCCCCGCGGCGCUGCACCAGCUGAUGCUCGACUGCUGGCAGAAGGACCGCAACGCGCGCCCGCGCUUCGGGGACAUCGUCAGCACUCUGGACAAGAUGAUCCGCAACCCGGCCAGCCUCAAGGCCCUGGCUACCAUCACCGCUGUGCCUUCUCAGCCCCUCCUCGACCGCUCCAUCCCCGACUUCACUGCCUUUACCUCAGUGGACGACUGGCUGAGCGCCGUCAAGAUGAGCCAGUACCGGGACAGCUUCCUGGCCGCAGGCUUCACCUCCCUGCAGCUCGUCGCCCAGAUGACAGCUGAAGACCUCCUGCGAGUAGGAGUGACUUUGGCUGGGCACCAGAAGAAGCUCCUGAACAGCGUGCAGUCCAUGCGGGUGCAGAUGAGCCAGUCCCCCAGCUCCAUGGCGUGACUGCCGCCUGCCGGGGAGGGCGCGGGGGCAGAGCUGGGAGGGCAGGGGCUGAGGAGCGCUGUGGGGCAGCGCUCAGAUGGGUGCCGCCGCUGCCUGGAGACUGCGCCCGCGGGUGGAGGACGUUCCCGGGCCUCAGCUGUGAGCCGUGACCUCCGUGGCUCGCCCCCAGAAGCAGACUUGGCCCCGCCCUGGGGAGCAGCCUACGAACUCUAAAUAUGUACGAGCAGAAAGGCGAGAGCCGCACCCCGCGGGCGGACAGCGCACCCCAGCCGGGCGCAGCAGUGCUCAGAACUGAGGAGGAGGAGGAGGAAGGGGCUGCUGGGGAAGGGAGAGGCCCGAGACGCGGUGUCCAGUCUGGAGAAGCCACCUCUGGUGAAGCUUCCACCACCCCUCCUGCUCACCCUGCCCAAGGACCAGGCGGAGCUGUCCGCAGAGCUCUCCACAGCUGCCGUCCGGACCCGGCUGCGGCUCCAGCAACUACCAAAGGACUUCUCUGAGCACUGCGUGGGGGAUCCAGCUCAACCCAGUUAAUGUCUUCAUAUUGAAGCAGAGAUGUACCUUCCAUAGAAACCUUUGUUGGCUUUUGGUUGUUCUCUUUUGCUUGCAUUUUUUUUGCAAAAAGGAAACAAAAGGAUUAAACCCCAAACCCCAGGGAGCCACCUCCUGGCCGUGGAGGCGUCCCCCGUGUCCCUGCGCUCCCUGCGCCUCCCUACCCUCUCACCCUGCCGUGGGCUCCCUCCUUGUCCCUGACUGAAGAUCAUCAACGACUCUUGGCCGCGGGGAGGGCCAGGGUGGUCGCUGCAGCCCCCGGGAGUGGCAGGCAGCAGGGCACUGCCCCGGCUGGCACUCGGCAGCCUGCGCCUGGGGAGGACGCCAAGGGCCAGCUGGCGUGGGGAGCAAAGGGCCCAGAGGAGCUGCCCCGUGGCUGAGACUGGGUUGGUGGCUGCUGGAGAAGGAGGAGGGAUGGAUGCUCUGGGAAGCAGACUGCUAAGGCCUCCAGGGCCUGGGAGAUGCCUGGAAGAUGGCUAUGAAGGACUUCCCCCCCGACCCCCCGCGUCUUGUGGACCUAUGGAUUUUGGUCUUGGUUCACAUCCUGGGAUUCCUGGCUUCACAGGGAUGGUGAGCCCAGCGCUGCGGCAGCGCCAGAGGGGCUGAUGGUGGUGCCCAGGGACUGCUCUCCCCCCGCCCCCAGCAGAUGCUGCUCCAGGAGGUGUCUGCAGCAGCCCGGGAGGCCUGUGCCCUGCGGAGCUGCGGCGUGCCCGUGCCAGCCGUGCCCUGUCCUGUACAUACCAGUGAGAUGUCUGUGAAAGGUUUCACCCCGUGUCAUUUCCUCCUGCCCUGCUCCCCGCUCACGCCCGGGUUCCUUGACUGUGUUGCCAUUGUCGGAGUUUGUAACGGUAACUUUCGGAGGAGAUUGUACUACAGAGGAGAUUGCACUCAAUAAAAGCUGAAACGAG